AUCUCAUCCAAUCUCUAAUUUUGUAAUUACAUUCAGUUCCCUUUUUUUCUUUUAAGUAUAAAACACUAUCAAGAUGAGUACCAUCGUGUUCCCCACUGAACUCUCACUUGAAAACCGUAAGCCCGGGUAUGCAGGCAAUCUUACUGAAGAACAAGUGAGCAAAUUAAAAGAUAUUUGGUCUCGUCUUUUGAUCUUAUUUGAGCAACCAGGGGAAGAAAUUCAAUUACCUAAACAACAAGAAACUAAGCCUAAAAAAAGUGGGAGCUUGUUUAGUUUAGGGUCUAAAAAAGAAGAACCUGUUCAACAAUACUUUUUGGGUGUCACUUCUGACCCUCGCUGGACAGAAUUAUCUUUGGGCAAAGCAUUACCUCUCAUUCCAGGAAAAUUGCUCCACACGUCAUUUUGGGGUUUAGUGACUACAAGUAACCCUGAUUCCAUUGUAUUGAGAUUUUUGCGUGCUCGUAAUUGGGAUACAGAUGCUGCUUAUUGCAUGUUGGUAAACACACUUCGUUGGCGAAUUCAUAUGCGUAUUGAUGAAAUUAUUGCGCUUGGUGAAACAGGUCUUAUUGAAGCAUUAGAAAAGGCCAAAGAAGGUUUAGGUAUAGCCUUUAAAGACCAAUUGGACCGCAAACUCGUCACUCUGGGUGGCCCUGAUAGAAGAGGCCGUGGUGUUUGUUUUGUGAAUGUUCAAGUGCACACCAAAGACAAUCAGCCUUUAGAAGUGAUUAAAUUGCUGACUGUUUAUAUUAUGGAAACUUCUCGUACUAUUUGCGAUUAUCCUGUGGAUACUGUCUGCAUUGUGUUCAACCUAGAGAAUUUCACUCUAUCUAAUAUGGAUUUUGAGGCAGUUAAAUUUCUUGUAGGUUGCUUUCAAGCCUAUUAUCCUGAGACACUAGGCUUAUGCUGCGUUCACAAAGCCCCUUGGGUGUUUUCAACAAUCUGGAAUUUGAUUACACCUAUCUUGGAUCCUGUUGUUGCAAGCAAAAUUCUUUUUACAAAAACGACGGAAGAGCUUGAGAAGUAUGUGGAUGAGGAUAGCUUGCCUAUCAUCAUUACUGGCAACAAAGAUAAACCUUGUAUCGAUGACCUACCAUCAAAUAGAGAAUCUAUUCCUGGCCAGAUUAUAACAGAUGAUCCUCGUGCUAAGCUCUAUUGGGAUACAGUAGCUGAAUAUGAAGCCAAAACAAAAGAUUGGGCUCAAACGACAGUGAUAGACGGUAUUGAUCGAGAUGCUAUGGAUCGCUUAAAGAUGGCUCUACAGUAUCGCAAGAUAAGAAUAAAGGCAGAAAAAGUACUGCGUGGAGAAACAAGUUAUCAUACAAAAGGCCUUAUUUGUAUAGAUCACAACGAUAGAUUUUUGAUUAAAUACAAUACAAACACUUGGAGAGAAAAAGAUGUUACUGAAUGGGUAUAGAAUAAAGACUUCUGUGUAAUAAAGAAAAUAGCGUAUUAUGUGUAUUUUUUUUUUUUACAAGAGAAAUAGAAUGUAUACAAUAAAUAACAGAAAAUUACUGCUUGGCAGACAAAGCACCAG